UGUGCUUUUCACCCAUCCCUUCGUCAAAACACUUCACUCUGAGCUUGGACCGCAGGACUGCAUCGACUGUUACCAUGAACCUCUCUGAGAUCCAUCAUGGGGUGCUGAGAAUGUACGGUAAGGUGAUCCUUUUCUUCACUUUACAAUCACUGCUUGGAUUUAAUGAGCAAAAAUGCACGAGGAGCUCACAACAGGCAGGACAACAUAACUAUCAAGAAAGCCUAUGAUAAUAAACAUGAAGUGUUGCCCAUGUAUUGUAAAUGCUAGAUUCAUAUUUUUCUUUAAGUUUAAAAGGCACAGUGAAUCGUGGAUGCGCAGUAAUGUUGAAUAAAUUAUCAUUUGGGCAAUAAAUUCACUUUAUGUUUUAUAAAACCCUAAAAACAUUUGAGUUUUGUUAUAUAUAUAAAUAACUUUGGUUGGUUAUAAAACUGGUGACAGUAUCUGAUUAUUUUUAUUUUUUCCACCCAAUCUACUUGCCAAUUCAUCAAGGGUUUUAAGAGCUUCAUUUUUGGUUAGAAAAUUUUAGUUUUUAUCUUAAACACUCAAAGCAUAAUAGUAUCAAGUGACUGCUGAAACUGAGUAAAAAAGAUUCGUAAUUCAGACUGCAUUUUUCCCUCUGCCACCACCCCUUUACGUUCUGUGAUAAUACAGCACAUUUUCUCUCUGUGUUUUUCAAUAUAUCUUCAUUGCUUGAUCAAAUCCAGAUGUGCGUGUGAGUGUGGUAAACAUCCUGAUUGGUUGAGCACUACAUCCCCAUCCCCUUGAUCCCCCAACCACCUGACUGGCUCUAAUCUGGUGGGAUGAUGGAAUGACAGCGUUCAUGCUUUAAUCCAGCUGUACACUGUUCCCACUGCUCUCAGGAUCACUAUGACCAUGCUGAAUAUUGUCAAUAAGCUUUGGUGUUCUGAUAUCAAAUGUUUUCUCCUGUCUGUUUUUCCAACCUGUCCCUUUCAUCCAGGUGGAUUUAUUUUCAAACAGUGGAAAAAGAGGUUUCUGCUCCUCACAGCUGAGGGCAGUCUCCUGGUGUGUCAUGAUGCUUCGUCUCCCCCGGACCAGCUGGUUCACUUGCAGGGCGGCUGUGAGACUAUUGUUGAAGGCAAGGAGAUCCUUGACCUGCCUAAAUUACCCUCUGGGGGGAGCAGAGACUGCUGCUUUGCUCUGAUUCUCCCUCAGAACAAAUACUUGCUGCUGAUGACUGAAACUGCGACAGAGUGCAGGUCUGGUUUUAUAUGCUAAUUCUUUACAGUGCCAUAUCACAGGUACACCAUCAGUUACUCUGAGGAACAGUUCCAGUUUCCUGCUUUUAAAUGUGGAGUAGAAAAAAGAGGAAGGCAGUGUAGCAUUGUAGACACAAUUUUAAAUCCAAGUCACUUAAGUCCUUGAAUACUUCAACCAAGUUGAGCUGAGUUGAGUUGAGUUGAGUUGAGUUGAGUUGAGUUGAGUUGAGUUGAGUUGAGUUGAGUUGAUAGGCCUACAAGCCCAAAGAAUAGCCUGGCACCAAUUCCUAAUAUAACACAGCAAACUUUGACAUUUCUGUUUUUGUGCAAAUUCAAACAAAGAGAUACGUCAAUUGCUAAGACUUAAAGGUGCUGUUGAUGUGAUUUUUCUUAUUUAAUGGAGUCCAGAAAGUAUUUUUAUGAAACCUUUACAUUUGAUGACAUUUGGAUUACAUUUAAUGGGACUACAGGAGCCAGUCCAGUCCUGGAUUAUUAUUUCAAUAACUCUAUCUAUGCUUUUGUUUUUUAUUGUUCUCAGUUGGCCAUCACACACCUUUGAAAGUGUCAGCAGGUCUACUGAUAGGCAGAAAGUAUGAUAACUUAGAGAGACACACAGAUUAGCAUGUUUUCCCUUUGACCUGUCAUUUCACUUGCGUGACCUUGAAUGCUUUAGAUGUUUGGAAGUAACUGUCACUCUUACUCUUUUUAGUCAAUGGGUGAACACGCUGAAAAAGGUUAAAAAGGUGAGCUUUAAGACUGAGCCACUAGCUGCUCUGUAAGUUCAGCAUACGACAUGUCAUUAUCCAGCAUUCCUCCUUAUUACCCAGCUGUUUAUAAAUACAAGGUUCUGAUUGGAUUUUUUAAAAAAUAAAACUUGACAAUAGUUAAGUCUGAAUUGCAAAAGAUGCUUUGGACAACCUGAUACACAUACCAAGUUGAUCUGCAGAAAGAAGUUACAGCACAUCAGGUGUACUCUUCAUGAUGUUAACUUUACUUGAAGCAAAGAUUGUAUGUUUAAUGUAAAUUUUGGUUGGUUCAGAAUACUGUUCUUGUGAAAACACUCCCAUCUGUUUCAACUGUGCUUCCAUUUUUAGCUGUGUAAAUAGAUAAAUCCUUUCUAAUCAAUAGAAUCAACUUUAGAUCAAAAUCAACGUUUCUUGUAUAUUUAGUUGUUAGCUGGGUGAUGAACAGGAUAUUGUAAAGUCAGCCUGUGGUUCAGUUCUUAAAAACAAAAUUUAAAAAAACAUUUGUUUUGAAUUUCUCAGAGUAUUUCAUCACCUCUCAGUCCAUGCAAGAGGCAUCAGGUGAUCCCACCUCACAUUACUCUCAAAGAUUUGGUGCCAGAGCAAAUCCUGGAAAAAGAUCCACCGACACCUCCGGUCAGCGACACAGAAGCCCCUUCCCCAGGACCUACAACUGGUGCUUCACCUAGGGAGAAAGGUGAGAGACGGACUUGUUAUAGUUGAACAUUUACAACAUGAACCUAUUUUCUUGAACAUUACCAGCUGUAGUCCAGCAAGUUUUAUGAGACACACAUGUUAAUCAGGUAUUGUUAGACCUCUGUUAGAAAGUUUUUCAUAAAAACAUGCUCUCUGUUCCAAACAGGCAGGAAUUCUCCCCGCUCAAAGACCUACAAAGGUGGGGCACAUUCUGUCGGCUGUCUGCGUCAUGGUACCAUCAGUAACGCACAAACAGCGAAAGCGGUUUACCUCCUGAUGGGAGGGGCUGCUGCCUCCUCUGCCAUGGGGUACCUGGGCACAUGCUCGCUCACUAAUCUUGAAGCCAAAGGUCCUGACAUGCCACUCAACACAGAUUUCUCAGGCAUGGGAUCAGCAGGAGCAUACCAUACCUGUGGUCCUGCACUCGACUCCCCUCACUACAACAGCUUUGAUUUCGAAGUGGGUGACUCUGAUUUUGAUGCUUUUGAUUGUGGUGCAUUUACUUUCUAAAAAUGUGACCACUAAUUGCAGAGGUUAUGGACCUGUACAGCUUUGUUUGAUGCUGAAAACUUACCUGGUUCUUCAUCAAGAUUUGUCAGAAAGACAUGACUGUACGAGGACCUUGAAAGCAGACGCUAGUGAGUCAUUCCUAUAAACCUGCUUUUAACCUGCUGAAGGUGAAUUAUCUUUUUUUUGUCAAAAUGACGAUGGGAGUCGGUGUUGACAAAAUACUGGCAUGUCUCUACAAAAAAAACUUAAUAUUGACAUAAACAGAUGUAAGGGAGCAACAGUGGCGUGCAUUCAGAGUUGUAUUGGCAGCCAAUCGCUGUUUUUGAUUCAAAUCAAUGACUGUGAAGCCAAAAGAUCACUUUGACAGAGUCUGACAGAUGCACUGGUGCAGAGGUGAUCCGGCUGGUGGAGAAUUCAUUCACACCCUUUCUAAUAACUAAAAUGCACAGAUUCCCGCAAACAGAUCCCUGAAGCGGUACAGCAGAACAGAUUCUUGUUUUGGAUUGAAGCAGACAUUUGUGGCUGUAGAAAGGUCACUGACUCUUGUGUCAGUGUUUGUUCUGUCUUCUCUUGCUGUUCCUCUUCUUCUCUGCCAAUCCAAUGCUGAAAUCUUCAUUUGAAAAAUAAAAUUUAAAAAAAUCAAGUAACCCUGACUCCAUUCAGAAAAACGAACACUUGAACAUAGACCACCAUAAUAUGAACUAUAUUAGCACAGAGCUUUGAUGUGUAUUUUGUUUUUGUGGUUUGACCCGGGUUUGAUUCAGACCUAACCUGCAGCUUCACAGUCUGUUAAUACUUGUGGUGUCUUUGUUAAUAAACAGCCUGAGGUCUCAAUGAGUUGUGAGAAACUGUAAACGCCUCUUUAAAUGCUUAAUAAUCUGCUGUGUCCCAGCUAGUCGCUAACUUUGUCCGUCUGAUGUUUGGUGCUAUUGCUAAUGGUAGUGUACACAAUGCACAAUCUCUUCCUUUCGCUGAGUUUUGUAACAUGUUUAAAACUUACCAUGUGAUUUUGAAUUAUUUACAUUAUGUAUGUAAUUGACACUCUGAGAAACCUAUGUCGUGGUUUGGACUCUGCAUUAUGUUUUACAAAACACACUUUAUGCCCUCCCUUGUUUUAUGUGCAUUAUCUGUCACCAUAGUUACACUGCAAACACCAUCGGUGAUUGUGACCGAGAUCAGAAAACAAAUUUCAAACUGAUACAAGCAACUAAUGUUUUUAUGGAUCUAGUUCAGAGAUGAAAUUGGGCAACAUGAUAUACCAUUUGCCAUUACAAUGCCAUAGUCAGAAUUUUCAGCACAUUGAUAGACUAUAAUAGAUUUGUAUCAGAUUUUCAGUAGACUUCUAAAUGUGAACAAACUCCUUUUUAAAAGGGCUCUUCUGAUUGUCAACAUUGUCCACUUUUGUUUAUGUCCUGUGUGUCUGUCACUGCGUUUUAAAUCUGUUGAGUUCAAAUUUGAUGUUUGAUCCAUUUGAGCCUGCUCUACCGAUAUGAUUAAAACUGUCAUGUUAAAAAUA